GGACCAAACUCAUGACCCCCGAGAGGCGCCGAGCUAUCUGGGCCAUUUAUGUUUGGUGCCGGAGAACCGACGAACUAGUGGAUGGUCCGAACGCGUCCCACAUCACCCCGAGGGCUCUAGACAGAUGGGAGGAGCGCCUGGAUGAGCUCUUCCAAGGUCGACCGUACGACAUGCUGGAUGCUGCUCUCUCAGACACCAUCCAGACAUUCCCUAUGAGCAUUCAGCCCUACAGGGACAUGGUCGAUGGCAUGCGGAUGGACCUGAGGAAGUCCCGUUACCGCACGUUCGACGAGCUCUACGUGUACUGCUACAAUGUGGCCGGCACUGUGGGCCUCAUGAGCGUUCCUGUCAUGGGAAUCGACCCCAAGUCUAAAGCGCCUGUAGAAGAUGUGUACAAGGCUGCUCUGGACCUUGGAAUUGCCAAUCAGCUCACAAACAUCUUGAGAGAUGUUGGAGAAGAUGCUCAGCGGGGCCGUGUGUACCUUCCUCAGGACGAGCUGGCCCAGUUUGGCCUCUCUGAUGAUGACAUCUUUGAGGGCAAGGUGACUGACAACUGGCGCAACUUCAUGAAGUUCCAGAUUGAGAGGGCUCGCAACUACUUCAAGACAGCAGAAGCAGGCGUGGUUGAGCUUGACAGCCAAAGCAGAUGGCCGGUGGGACUAGAUGUACACCUCGCCCUCUCUGUUCUGAGCCGUCAGUCAUCCCUGCUAUUGGCGCCCAACCGCGCUGCUGAACCGCCCGAUGUUGGUCUGCCUGCUGCGCCAUGCCCUGCUGCGCCAUGCCCUGCUGCGCCAUGCCCUGCUGCCGCCCUGCAUGUAGCUGCUGGGCAUGCGGCUGCCCUGCCCGUUGCUGUCCCCCCUGCUGCUGCCCUGCCUGCCACAUCCAAUAUGCCUGCUGCUGCCAUGCCUGUUGCUGCCCAGCAUGCUGCUGCCCCACCUCCUGCUGCCCUGCUGGCUGCUGUCCUGCCUGCUGACCUGUCUGCUGUCCUGCCUGCUGACCUGUCUGCUGUCCUGCCUGCUGACCUGUCUGCUGUCCUGCCUGUUGCCCUGCCUGCUGCCCUGCCUGCUGCCCUGCCUGUUGCCCUGCCUGCUGCCCUGUCUGCUGCCCUGUCUGUUGCUGCCCCUGCCGCUGCCCACCUAUCUGUUGCUGCCGUCUCUGCCGUUGCUUUCCCUGUUUUUGCCGUCUCGGCUGCUCUCCUUCUCCUUGAGUUUCACUUCGCCGGAUUCUUUGAGACGGGCCCCCAGACGUACUUCUGUCAAUAA